UCUUUUAACUAUAUGCACACAAUAAACAAUAGAGAGAUAGCUUCUGGUUCUUCAUUUGUUCGAUGUAUUUCCUGCCUCAAACUCAUAUCAGGCAUCUUUUAUAAGGUGGCCUGAAAAGACUCCAUUUAAGAAGACUUAAAUUUGAGAGAUUGCUCACAUGUUUUGGCCAGCUCUUUUGGCCUAAAAGGAGGGGAUGAUCUUUAGAACUGCUUCAUGUCAAGUGGAGUUUAUCUUUAAUGCUAUCGUUCACAUGAUUCCCCGGUUCAGUAAGCCAUUGAAGGCCCUUUUCCAGUUCUUGUGGCUUUGAUCUCUUGAGACUUGUCUAGUCACUUUCAGUUGAUUUUUGAUCUUGUAUCUAUAAAGAGUUUGUUUUCUGGCCUACCCUUUUUAAAAUUCUCUGCCUUUCUCUCGUCAUUUGAUAGAUCAAAUCUGGUUGAAGCAAAGCCAUGAUGUUCAGUAAUUCAAGAUCUGUAAGAUUUCAAGAUGAUAUUGAAUUACCAAAGCUCCCUACAAUCAAUGGAUAUGGUAUGAUCAAGCUGGCAUACAACAUCGACGGGAAGAAAGUAUCCGAUUCGAGCACCAAGAGGGUUGAGAACAAGUUGCCUACUACUACUAUUAUCAGGACAGGGAAAUUGUUAAAAGCUAAAGUUCUGUCCAGAGUUUUCUCCGAAGAUUUCGAGAGGGUGAAGAAGAAGAUUUUCGAUCCUCGAGGACCGAUCAUUCACCGGUGGAACAAGAUUUUCCUAGUGGCAUGCUUGGUUUCUUUGUUUGUGGAUCCUCUCUUCUUUUAUUUGCCAUUUGUUCAAAAGGAUAUCUGUAUUGAUAUUGGAAUACCCCUUAAAGUUAUCCUCACAUUGGUUAGAUCAUUAGCUGAUGCCUUCUACAUAAUUCAUAUCUUCAUUCGGUUUCGAACCGCUUACGUUGCACCGCCUUCUCGUGUAUUUGGGAGAGGGGAGCUCGUUAUAGAUUCCGGGAAGAUUGCUUCCAGGUACCUUCAGAAGAGUUUCUGGAUUGAUUUGGUUGCUGCCCUCCCCCUUCCUCAGGUUUUGAUUUGGAUCAUCAUUCCGAAUCUCAACGGAUCAGCAAUGAUGAACACCAAAAACAUGCUGCGCUUCAUAAUACUAUUUCAGUACCUUCCAAAACUUUUUCUUAUUUUUCCUUUGUCAUCACAAAUUGUCAAUGCCACUGGUGUUGUGACCGAAACAGCAUGGGCUGGCGCUGCAUAUAACUUGAUGCUCUACAUGCUGGCAGGCCAUGUUUUAGGAGCCUGUUGGUACCUUCUUUCGGUUGAGCGGCAAGAAGCAUGCUGGAGGUCCGCCUGCAAGAUCGAGGAGCAGAAUUGUCAGGAUAAAUAUUUCGAUUGCAAUAUGGUUAAAGACCCUGGAAGGUUGACCUGGUUCAAGUUCAGCAAUGUUAGUAACCUGUGCAGUCCAAGUUCCAGCUCCUAUCCAUUUGGUAUCUAUGGUGAUGCGUUGAUAUUCAAUGUUACAACCUCACCAUUCUUGAACAAGUACUUUUAUUGCCUUUGGUGGGGUUUAAGGAACUUGAGUUCUUUGGGACAAAAUCUUGGCACAAGCACUUAUGCUGGAGAAAUAAUUUUCGCCAUCAUUAUUGCAACUGUUGGACUUGUUCUUUUUGCUCUGCUGAUUGGGAAUAUGCAAACAUACCUUCAAUCAACGACGAUUAGAUUGGAAGAAUGGAGAAUCAAGAGAACCGACACAGAACAAUGGAUGGCUCAUAGGCAACUUCCUCCUGAGUUAAGACAAUCCGUUAGAAAAUAUGAUCAGUAUAAGUGGCUUGCCACGAGGGGAGUCGACGAAGAGGCUCUACUCAAAGGCCUUCCUUUGGAUCUCCGACGGGACAUUAAACGACAUCUUUGUCUCGACCUUGUUCGACGAGUACCACUGUUUGAUCAAAUGGAUGAACGGAUGCUGGAUGCAAUCUGUGAGAGGCUCAAACCUGCAUUGUUCACAGAAGGCACAGUCCUUGCUCGAGAAGGCGAUCCCGUCAAUGCGAUGCUCUUCAUAAUACGAGGCCACCUAGAUUCGUACACUACAAACGGUGGCCGAACCGGAUUCUUCAACUCAUGCCGGAUCGGCCCUGGAGACUUCUGCGGUGAGGAGCUGUUGACAUGGGCAUUAGAUCCUCGUCCUAGCAUCGUCCUUCCAUCGUCGACUCGAACAGUCAAAGCAAUAUCCGAAGUCGAAGCCUUCGCUCUACGAGCAGAAGAUCUCAAAUUCGUUGCAGCGCAGUUUAGAAGACUCCAUAGCAAGCAACUAAGACACAAGCUCCGGUUCUACUCGCACCAAUGGAGAGCUUGGGCAGCCUGUUUCGUCCAAGCAGCGUGGCGUCGGUUCAAGAAACGAAAGGAAGCCGCUGAACUUAGAGCAAAGGAGAACCUGAUGGCUUCUGAACACAAACCCGAACCCGAACGGAAGGCACCUGGCUCAGGAUUGGCUAAGUAUGUAGCCAAGCUAACAGCAAGCACUAGGAGAGGUGUUCAUAUGCAUCGUGAAUCGGGUUCUGGGGUUGUUAGCCCCUUGCAGAAACCAGCUGAGCCUGAUUUUUCUGUAGACGAGGAAUGAAAUCGUAAGAGUAAGCAAAUCAAAAAGUAGAGUGUAGGCGUAGUGAGCUAUGGAUGUAAAUUUGUUUAUUACUUGAUUAGGCUGUACACAAGAAUGAUGAACAUUAAAUUGUUUAGAACAAAUCACUCUUACGGUGCGUUUGAUUCACGGAAUGUAAGAUUAUCAGUGAGAAUAAGAUUACCGGCGGGAAUAAGA